AUGGUUGCUGAAGAGUGGAGAGAGUUUAAAUUGGUGCUGUCCACACUGAUUUCGGACAUGGUUGCUGAAGAGUGGAGAGAGUUUAAAUUGGUGCUGUCCACACUGAUUUCGGACAUGGUUGCUGAAGAGUGGAGAGCAAUUGAUGUCAAUACGGAGAAAAAAGUUGGAAAAAUGAAAGAGGAAGUGAAGAGGAUGCUUGAUGUUGCUCCCCCAAAUCCUUCGGAAACCCUCCAUUUGAUUGAUACAAUCCAACGCUUAGGCUUUGCUUAUCAUUUUGAGAGUGAAAUUACUGAAAAUCUAAGAGAGAUUAACAAACUAAGUCUUGAGGGACUCGAUGAUGAUAUUUAUAUCGUUUCACUUUGGUUUCGUUUGCUAAGCCAAGAAGGAUACAAUAUAUCAAGUGAUACAUUCACC